GCAGUGUAGAUCUAAACACAGAAUGGAACGCAUAAAUGUGCCAAUUCUCGUCCUCUGCAGCUUCUAUCUGACCCAUGUUGUGUCUGUCUCUCCGCCACACUUAAUGGUGGUCCAUUCAGGGGAAAAUGUCACCCUGCAGUGCAUCAAUGUCCUUAAAAAAACGGGACACAUUGGCUGGUUCAAGCAAGUCAACAGCUCAGAACCCCUGUGCAUCACGUCUAUGUGGAGCUCUCUGCCAACUGUUCAUCAUCAAAAUGGAUUUCAUGGCAAUCAUAUGAAAAUGUUAAUCACCAAUAGAACUACCUUUCUCAGAAUCACAGAGGUGGAUGUAGCUGAUUCUGGUCUGUACUUCUGUGGAAUGUUGGAUAACUAUUUCAUCUUCACCAACGCGACUGUCCUGAAGGUCCAAGGUCACAAAGAUUAUGACAAGGACCCUACAGGGCACUAUGAAAAAGGAGAGGAAGAUGGAACCAUGAAGCUCUUCCUACUGGUUGUGAUCCUGGGUGUUCUAACUGCUGUUCUAUUGAUAAUCAUCCUCAUCCUGGUCCUCAAGGUCAGACGAGAUUCAAACAGACUCAACACAGGACCUGACUCGCAAAGACGACCACAAAAUGAUCAGAACCAAGAUACUGAUACACUGAAUUAUGCUGCCCUGAAUUUCACCUCCAAGAAAAAGAAGAGGGAGAGAAGAAGAGAGAAGGAGCUAGACCCCCAUGUAGUAUAUGCUGCUACAAGAUGACAAAGUGGAGGGUGGAGAGGAGGACAAGUUGUUUGCCAUAUCUUUGAAUACAAGUUUAAAUCUUCCUAUAUUGUAUGAGUAGUUAAAUCAAAUGUAUUGAAAUGUAAAUCAGUAAAUAUCUCUGUAGUUUCUGUGCUUUGUACUUCAGGGCCACACAGCUCAGUGGUACAGGGGUGGUCAGAGAGGGGGAGUUAGACUCAAACCACAACAGUUUAAUCUGUUUAAAUUAGUUUAGAUCACUGUGUUUAGUUAGUCGUAAAGAACAAGUACCUAGCAUAGGACAAUUUUAUUACA